AUGUCUCACCAUGGAAUUCCAAUAGAAUUAAGAUCAGACAACGGAAAACAAUUUGUCAGUUACGAAUUUAAACAAUUCGCCAAAGAUUAUGGUUUCAAAAGUAUAACCAGCAGUCCAGAAUAUCAGCAGGCAAAUGGACAGGCAGAAAGCGCUGUAAAGAUUUUGAAAAAGAUUUUUCGCAAGAAUAAAGACACGCAUCUUGCGCUGUUAAUUUACAGAAAUACUCCUUUAAAAUGUGGGUUCUCUCCUGCUCACUUGCUUUUUUGCAGGAGGUUAAGAGAGAAAGUACCAACGCUUAAAUCAAAAUUGGAUCCCAAAGUACCAAAUCAUAAUAAACUGAGGAAGGAAUUUGAAGCCGAGAGGGAAAAACAAAAAGAACAAUAUAAUCGAAGACACAGAGUAAGAACAAACACACAUUUGGAAAUCGGUGAAAGAGUGUGGAUAGUGAACAUGCAAAGAGAGGGAAUAGUGAAGGAGGCGACAACAGAACCAAGAUCAUACAUAGUAGAAACGGAAAGGGAGGAUAUUCGGAGAAACAGAAAACAUUUACAGCCACUACCAACACAGGACAGAGACAAGGAUCAUGCAAAUGUGGAGGAGACCAAAACAGAAAAUGACAAACAUAUAACAAACGAAGAUACAAUAGUCGCGGAGAAAACUAACAAUGAAACAGAAGUACCAAGACGAAGUGAACGUACAAUAAAAGUGCCUCAAAGAUUAAGAGACUAUAUUAGAUUUUAA